AAAGUGGAUAGAAGAAGUUAAGAUACGAAUCAACCAUGAUCAAAUUGAACAACAGGACAGACUGGAGGGUCCGAAUGGCCUCAUUGUAUUGUGCUGCCUGUGGGAAUGCAAUUCCGAGAGUAGCAGAGUGUAAUGCCUGUCUAAGAGUGAAAGCAUUUUCUCCUUGAGAUGAGUCAGAGUGGUGGCUCCCGGGUGGUGGAGACGGGACAGUGUAACAAGUCACCACCACUGAGCAGCCACAGCCAGCAAAGCCUCAGCCUGCAGCCUGAAAGGAUGUGCAGCCCAGAGACUGUGGCAGCAGCUCCCAAGAUGGGAGGGCAGACUCCAAGUCCACAGCUUGCUCUGUGCAUUGACGGUGACUGGGAGAGCCGUGAGGAGCUACGACUGCGAGAGCUGGAGGAAGCUCGGGCGCGGGCAGCCCAGAUGGAGAAGACGAUGCGCUGGUGGUCAGACUGCACAGCCAACUGGCGUGAGAAAUGGAGCAAGGUACGGGCGGAGAGGAAUAAAUCCAGGGAGGAAGUGAGGCAGCUGAGACAGAAGCUGGAGGCACUCACCAAAGAGCUGACUACGGUGAAACGUGAAAAACAGGAACUGUCCAACGAAAAUGAGCAGCUGAGGCUGGAGGCUGAGCGGACAAAGAGCAGUCAGCAUGGUGAAGAAACAUUGGAUAAUAAACUGGUCUCUGAGAAGGAGAGUGAGAGUUUAAAUCCAGAGCAGGAACCAGUACGAGACCUGGGAACCGAGAAAACUUCCAGAAACAAGGAGGUUGAGUUAAUGGAAGCCAUUAUGAAAAACAAGCAGGAGAACACAGAGACAUGGGACCAGCGCAGUACUCAGAGUGCGCGUACUUCACUCAGCCGCCACGAGAGGAACCGCAUCCUGUGGGAAGAGGUGACUGUAAUUGAAGAGGAUGCCACCAAAGUCACUGCAUUACAGCUGCGUUUGGAUGAGUCUCAGAAAACCCUGCAGAAAGAGAGGGAGGACAAGAGUAUGCUCGGUAAACACAUUGAGAAGCUGGAGGCAGAUGUUACCCAAUGGAAAAUCAAGUAUGAAGAGCUCAAUAAAUCCAAACAAGAGGUAGUUAAACAGCUGAACAUUUUGAAGGAAGUGCAUCAAGAUGAGUUGGGUCGGAUAUCAGAGGACCUGGAAGAUGAACUGGGAGCUCGGUCGAGCAUGGACAAGAAACUUGCAGAGCUACGAGCUGAGAUGGAGCGACUCCAGGCAGAGAACACAGCUGAGUGGGGGAAGAGGGAGCGGCUAGAGACUGAGAAGCUGAACCUUGAAAGAGAGAACAAAAAGCAGAGGGCACAGAUUGAGGAUCUGGUCGACGUGUUGGCCAAAAAGAGGAAGCAGGCAGCGAGUGCCCUGGACACUGAUCUGAAGACUAUUCAGACUGAGCUUUUUGAGAAGAAUAAGGAGUUGUCAGAUCUCAGACACAUUCAUGCCAAGCUAAAGAAACAAUACCAAGAAAAGAUGGCUGAGCUGGCACACGCAAACAGAAGGAUUGAGCAGCAUGAAGCUGAAGUGAAGAAACUUCGCCUGCGAGUGGAAGAGUUAAAGAAAGAGCUGGCUCAGGCGGAGGAUGAGCUGGAUGAAGCUCACAACCAGGCCCGGAGGUUGCAGAGGUCACUGGAUGAACAGACAGAGCAGUCAGAGAACCUGCAGGUCCAGCUGGAGCACCUACAGACCAGACUGAAGAGACAGCAGAACCCGGUGCUGUUUGGGAAAAGGAGCAGUCGCUUUGGUCCGGAUGACCCCAGUGAGACUGGAAGUGAUUUUGAUGACGAUGCUGAAGAGUUGCAGCUGCAGGUUCCAUAACUGGACGAAGAGUUUGUCCGGAUGGUCAGCCUCUCAAUGUACCAGGGUGCUGGUUGGGAUAUGGCCGUUAGAACUGGUUAUGGAGGGAAAGCUUUGAAUAGUGUGUGGAAAUACAGAGUCUUCAGUGACUCCCGUCUUCAAAACAUGAUUCUCUUAAAACAGUUGUCACUAACAAAUGCUUUAUGCUUUAUAAGAUAUGUGUACAUUUUAACAGAUCAUUGUAAACUAUAUAUUUACAUGAAUUUCCUAUUAUAAACCUGUGUAUUUAGA